AGCAACGUGUCUGAAAGAAAAGGCAUGCUCUGUAACCUGCGUUUCAAAGGUCACAGUGCUACAGCUCCAGGCUUCUGGAAACCGCAGUGGGAGCCAACAGCAUGGCUGGUUUGAAGAUUUGGGUCGUUUUGGUGCUUACACUGUGCCAUUUCUGCCCAAGGUGCAUCUCAAGUGGGAUUUCCACGCACGUUGAAAUAGCACACAGAGCUCUGGAAUUUUUCAUUAAGCGUGAAGGGAAUGUUAAUUAUAGACAGUUGUUAUUAAAGCACCAAGAUGCGUUUCAGGCUGGGAGCGUUUAUCCCGAUGCCUUUUAUCCUUCAAUCUGCCAAAGUGGGAUAUUCCAUGAUGUGUCUGAAGACACCCACUGGUCACCAUUUCUCAGUGCAAGUAUUCACUACAUCAGAAGGAAUUAUCCUCAGCCUUGGGAAGAGGCUACAGAGAAGCUGGUGGCUUUCCUGUUUGGAAUUGCCUCCCAUAUGGUGGCAGAUGUUAGCUGGCAUAACCUGGGCAUCGACCAAGGAUUCCUAAAGGCCAUGGGAGAAAUUGAUUUUCACGGGUCAUACUCAGAAGCUCAUAAAGUUGGUGAUUUUGGAGGAGAUGUACUGAGCCAGUUUGAGCUGGACUUCAGUUACCUGUCAUCAGAUUGGUAUGUACCUGUGAAAGACCUAGCAGCUAUCUAUAAGGAGUUUUAUGGAAGAGAGGUCAUAACAGAAAGGACAAUUACUGACUGUACUUACCUGCUGUUUCUGGAGCUGCAUGGAGAAAGGCUCGCAGUUGCCAAGCUUUUUCCAACGUACGCUGGUAAAUCCCCGUUUCUGGUGGACAAGUUCCAUGAGUAUUUCCUUGGAGGAGUGGAUGACAUGGCCUUCUGGACAAACAACAUUUUUGAGCUGACAAGCCAUAUGCUGGAGAAUGGAACCAGUGGCUGUGACCUGCCUGAGAACCCUCUCUUUAUAAACUGCACAAGGGAGCAUGAGGAUAGCUACGUAGACAAGGAAUCAAACCAUGACCAGCACGAGAACAUGUCUUCUUUGCUUACGAAAACACUUGAAAGGAAUAUAAGUUACACAGAGAGAGGAGUUCACUUCAACAUACAGUCUUGGGCAACAAGUUCCCUGCGUUUGCUGAACCGCGCUUUUGCAGCCGGUGUCCGGAGGGUAUUGGCAGCUACACAUCAGAGCUCUUCUAAGCACAUCUCCAAGCCAGUAGCUUCGUAUUUUGUGGCUACACCCUAUGCCAGGCUUGGGUGGGCAGUGAUCUCAGCCGACCUAAACCAGGAUGGAUAUGAGGAUCUGGUGGUUGGAGCCCCAGGGUACAGCACACUGGGCCGUGUUCAGACAGGACGGGUGUAUGUGGUCCAUGGCAGCCAGGCAGGUUUGCCACCAGGGGAUCUGGAUCUGGAUGGAGAGGCUGACCAAGUACUGCAAGGUCAUCAGCCUUCAGGAAGAUUUGGUUCUGCCUUGGCAGUCCUGGACUUUAACGAGGAUGGAGUGCCAGAUCUGGCAAUCGGAGCACCUUCUGUGGGAUCUCAGUUUCUUACUUACAAAGGUGCUGUGUAUGUCUACUUUGGCACUCGGGGAAGAGGCCUGGCAUCUCAGCCAAACGUUACCAUCACUUGUCAGUAUUCCUACUGUAAUCUUGGUUGGUCCCUCCUGGCAGCUGAUGUUGAUGGGGAUGGAAAUGCUGAUCUGGUUGUGGGCUCUCCAUAUGCACCUGGUGGUGGGCAGCAAAGAGGAUUUGUGGUUGCAUUUUACUCUUAUUUCAACAGGAGUGACCAAGGCCUUCUGUCAGUACAGGAUGCCAACUGGAUGGUGAAGGGGGAAGAAAACUAUGCUUGGUUUGGAUUUUCCCUUGCCAGCUGCCAGCUGGACAACGUAACGCUACUGCUGAUUGGUAGCCCGACGUGGAAGAGUUGUGCUGGCUGCAGCCCCUCGUCAGUCAAGCAGAGCGUCGGGAAGGUGUACGGGUACAGCCCCCCCAGCACGCAGCCGUGCUUUGCUGUGACAGGACACAAGGCCAUGGGCAGGAUGGGAAUGUCUCUGGCCACUGGGGUGAUGUCUGUGGCAGGGAUCACCAGGACGGUCAUGGUGGUGGGUGCACCUACUGCAGACAGCCUGUCUAGGACUUCAUUCAUCUCUGUGGUGCGGCACCAAGCUGGACUGGCUCUGGUGUACGACCUGACCAACAGCACCAAGCCCUCUUUGCUCAGCACCUUCCGUGGGGACAGGAGGUUUUCUCGCUUUGGAGGAGAUGUGUAUUUAAGCGACCUGGAUAACGAUGGACUAGACGAGCUGCUGGUGACGUCGCCGCUGUGGGCAUGGGACGUGGUGCUGCCCGGGGCGGCCGCCGGCCACGUGUACGUGUACAGCGGGAUGCAGCUGGCCUCGGGGGAUGUCACGGCACACUGCUCCUCCUGGCUGUCCUCCUGCCCACAGGACUGGGCACAGUAUGUCCUCAUUUCUCCUGAGGAACACUCAAGAUUUGGGAGUUCCGUCAUCACUGUGAAAGCUGAAAGGAAGAAACAAGUUGUAGUGGCAGCAGAGAGGAGUUCGGCCAAAGCUCGACUGGGUGGAAAACUUUUUGUCUACUCGCUCUAA